AUGAAUGCUUGUGUUAUAUGUACAAAUAAAAAUUUGCCCAUCAUGUCAACAGAAUCUGUGGAGAUUGAUGAUGCAUUAUACAGUCGACAGAGAUAUGUUCUUGGAGACACAGCAAUGCAGAAGAUGGCCAAGUCCCAUGUUUUCUUAAGCGGUAUGGGUGGUCUUGGUUUGGAAAUUGCAAAGAAUCUUACUCUUGCAGGAAUUAAGGUGAGAAAAUAUCCUUGCUAUACUGCUUUUUAUGAAUGGACACUCCAUUCUUUUCUAACACGAAAAUUCAUCAGUGCAGAUAUACAUGGGAUUUGGUCACGGUUGUUUUGUGAUUUUGGUGAUGAAUUUGAAGUUUUAGAUAGAACAGGAGAAGAACCAAGAGAAAUCUUCAUUUCAAAUAUAACGCAAGCUAAUCCUGGCAUUGUCACUUGCCUUGAAAAUCAUCCUCACAAACUUGAGACAGGACAAUUCUUAACAUUUCGAGAAAUUAAUGGAAUGACGGGCUUAAACGGAUCUACACAACAAAUAACUGGGAAUGCAAGAAAGGGAGCAGGUUUUGGAGAAAAGGAAUCAUUGGAGAGGCAGAUAAAACACCCAAAGUGCCUUAUUGCGGAUCUGAGCAAACCUGAGGCACCUUUAGAGAUUCAUACAGCUAUGCUUGCAUUGGACCAGUUUCAAGAGAACUACAGUCGCAAGCCAAAUAUUGGGUAAUGUCCCUUUUUUUCUUAUUAUAAAAGCAGUAUUUCAGAAAUUAUAGGUUAAAAAAUUUAAAAACCUGAAGUAAAUUCUGACAUUGUGCAUUGGCUCUCUUGGACAGCCCAAGGCUUUUUACCCCCACUUGCUGCAGCAGUAGGAGGAGUUGCCAGCCAAGAAGUAUUGAAAGCUGUGACAGGAAAGUUUUCUCCUUUGUGCCAGUGGUUAUACAUUGAAGCUGCAGAUAUUGUCGAAUCCUUAGGCAAACCUGAACAUGAAGAAUUUCUCCCACGAGGAGAUAGAUAUGAUGCCUUAAGAGCCUGCAUUGGAAACACUUUGUGUCAGAAGCUACAAAAUUUGAAUAUCUUCUUAGUAGGAUGUGGAGCCAUAGGCUGUGAAAUGUUAAAAAAUUUUGCUUUACUUGGUGUUGGCACAAGCAAAGAGAAGGGAAUGGUUACAGUUACAGAUCCAGACUUGAUUGAGAAAUCCAACUUGAAUAGACAGUUCUUAUUUCGUCCUCAUCAUAUACAGGCUGCUAUCGAGCAUACUAUACAGUGGGCAAGAGAUAAGUUUGAAAGUUCCUUUUCCCAUAAACCUUCAUUGUUUAACAAAUUUUGGCAAACCUAUCCAUCUGCAGAAGAAGUCUUGCAGAAGAUACAAACUGGACAUAGUUUAGAAGGCUGUUUUCAAGUUAUUAAGUUACUUAGCAGAAGACCUAGAAGUUGGUCCCAGUGUGUAGAAUUAGCAAGAUUAAAGUUUGAAAAAUAUUUCAAUCAUAAGGCUCUUCAGCUUCUUCACUGUUUCCCUUUGGAUACUCGAUUAAAAGAUGGCAGUUUGUUUUGGCAAUCACCAAAGAGACCCCCCUCUCCAAUAAAAUUUGAUUUCAAUGAGCCUUUUUUAGGUACAGAUUGUGAUAACAUUAAUGAACAUAUAUUCGUAUAUUUAAAGGUUGUUCAAACAGAUGAAACAGCAAGGAAACCAGACCAUGUUCCUAUCAGCAGUGAAGAUGAGAGGAAUGCUAUUUUCCAACUAGAAAAGGCUAUUUCAUCUAAUGAAGCUACCAAAAGUGACCUUCAGAUGGCAGUGCUUGCAUUUGAAAAAGAUGAUGAUCAUAAUGGGCACAUAGAUUUCAUCACAGCUGCAUCAAACCUUCGUGCCAAAAUGUAUAGCAUUGAGCCAGCUGACCGUUUCAAAACAAAGCGCUUAGCUGGUAAAAUUAUACCUGCUAUAGCAACAUCCACUGCUGCAGUGUCUGGCUUGGUUACAUUGGAGAUGAUCAAAGUAGCUGGUGGCUAUCCCUUUGAAGCCUACAAAAAUUGUUUUCUUAACUUAGCCCUUCCAAUUAUAGUGUUUACAGAGACAUCUGAAGUAAGAAAAGCUGAAAUCAG